UCGACAUUCGACUCCGUGGCAGACGAAAAAUCGCUAACAUGACAGCAGACAACAAAAAUAUAAAAAAUAUUAUUAAGCCUUAAUAACCUUAAUAAUGACAUUUGAUUUGGUUUUCUUGUGCAUAAAUUAAGUAUUCACAAUCAUAAUCUUAUCCUUAAGGCAAAAUUGCCUGUAAGAUUUUUUAAAAAUGAUUUUCUUUGGACAACCUAACCUUACAAAAUAAUGUAACCCAUAUAACCUUACAUUUUAUAUCUUCAUUUUGUAGAUUUUGUUUAAUAUUUAUAAAGUUUUCGACCAUUUUGAUUCAACUAAAUAUUUUUAGUUGAUUUUUGGAACAUUUCGCGAUUAUGGAGCUGGCAAAAUGUAUUUAUCCAUUUAUUAAAACGUCUCCUGAAAAGACUAGACCUGCCAGACUUUUCGCUACAAAAGUGCAAGAAUUGCUCAAAAUUGGAGAAAAUUGGAAGCCUGUCGUUGGAUUAGAAGUUCACGCACAAAUAUCAGCAAAAUCAAAAUUAUUUUCUGGAGCUGGGACGUCUUUCGGAAGUCCAAUAAAUUCUGCAGUCUCUUUCUUUGACGCAGCAAUUCCAGGAACAUUACCAGUUUUAAAUAAAAGAUGCGUCGAAGCUGGGAUAACAACAGCUUUAGCUCUGUCUUGCAAAAUAAACGAAGUUUCCCACUUUGACAGGAAACAUUACUUUUAUGCCGAUUUACCUGCAGGAUAUCAAAUCACUCAACAGAGAAAGCCUUUGGCAGUAGAUGGCAUUCUUCAUUUUAAUGUUUUUACUCCUGGAAUUCACAAACAGCCAUAUCCUAAGCACUCUAAAAUAAAACAGUUGCAAUUGGAACAAGACAGCGGCAGAAGUCUCCAUGACGAGGAAACCAAAAGGAGUUUAAUAGAUUUGAACCGAGCUGGCUUACCAUUAAUGGAACUUGUAUUCGAACCUGACCUUGAAGAUGGAGAAGAAGCUGCAGCCCUGGUUAAAGAACUUUGUGCCAUCCUCCUAAGACUUGGUACCUGCUCUUGCAAAAUGGAAGAAGGGGCAUUUCGGGUAGACGCCAACGUAUCUGUAAAUAGACCUGGGGAGCCUCUUGGAGUUCGAACAGAGAUAAAAAAUAUCGGAAGUGUUCGUGCAGUUGCAGCAGCUGUCAAUUUCGAAAUAGAAAGGCAGGUUUUGAUGCUUGAGGAUGGAUUGGAAGUCGUAAAUGAAACUCGAUCCUGGAAUACAGACACUAACAAAACUGUUUCUAUGAGGGAUAAAGAAGUGAAGCAAGAUUAUCGAUUUAUGCCUGAACCAAAUUUACCUCCAUUGCGUGUACAUCUCGACAGUAAUUUGGAGAACAAAUAUAAUUUAAUAGAUGUUCCUUUUUUGAAAGAACAACUGCCAGAAUUACCCGAAGAGUCGAGGCGAAAUCUCGUAGAAAAAUACGCAAUUCCUCGAGAAUUAGUCUUAGUGAUAGUGAAUGAGCCCACGCUACUCGAAAUUUUCAGUAAAGUUCUAAAUGACAGACCAAACCGAUCUGCCCUCGUCAUAGCAAAAGUUCUAGUCAACAGUUUUCUGGAAGUUAUGAACAAAAACAAAAUUAAUUUAGACAACUGUCCAAUAACGCCAGAGCAGUUUGGGGAAGCCAUUGAUCUUCUCGAAACAAGAAAAAUUAACUUGCUCGUUUUGAAAUUAGUCUUUGAGGAAUUGCUGGCAAAUCCACAAAGUUCGCCUGAAAAGAUCGUCGCUGAGAGAAAUUGGUACCAAAUAGUCGACGAAGAAGAAUUGACAAAAAUAUGUCAAAAAAUACUCGAAGAAAAUGCCGAUGCUGCAAGAAAAUACAAACUUGGUAAAAAACAGAUUUUCAACUUUUUUAAAAAAGCGAUCGUCAAGUCCACGGAUCAACGAGCAGACAUGAAAAAGGCCGUAGAAAUACUCAAGAAACUUCUACAAUAAUCUUAAUUUGCGUGUAAUUGUAAUAUUUUUUCCCUAUUAAAAAUGAAGUCCGAUAAAAA